UCGGUGCUUUGUCCCGGGGGCCCGUCCGGACCGAGGGAGCCAUGCCCCGGCGUAGUAUCGUGGAGGUGAAAGUCCUGGACGUGCAGAAGCGGCGAGUGCCCAACAAGCAUUAUGUCUAUAUCAUCAAAGUUACUUGGUCCAGUGGUUCCACUGAAGCCAUUUAUCGACGGUACAGCAAAUUCUUUGACCUACAGAUGCAAAUGUUGGACAAAUUUCCUAUGGAAGGAGGUCAGAAGGACCCAAAGCAGAGGAUUAUUCCCUUUCUGCCAGGCAAAAUUCUCUUCAGACGAAGCCACAUCAGGGAUGUAGCUGUCAAACGCCUGAUCCCCAUUGAUGAAUACUGUAAGGCCCUGAUCCGAUUGCCACCCUACAUUUCUCAGUGUGAUGAAGUGCUUCAGUUCUUUGAGACCAGACCUGAAGAUCUGAAUCCCCCCAAAGAGGAACAUAUUGGGAAGAAGAAAUCUGGGGGAGACUCAGCCUCGGUAGAUCCAAUGGUCUUGGAGCAAUAUGUGGUGGUGGCAGAUUACCAGAAGCAGGAAAGUUCAGAGAUCAGCUUGUGUGUGGGCCAGGUAGUGGACAUCAUCGAGAAGAAUGAAUCAGGUUGGUGGUUUGUAAGCACUGCGGAUGAGCAGGGCUGGGUCCCUGCAACUUGUCUGGAAGGUCAAGAUGGUGGCCAGGAUGAAUUUUCUCUGCAACCUGAAGAAGAGGAGAAAUACACCGUCAUUUACCCAUAUACUGCUCGAGACCAGGAUGAAAUUAACUUGGAAAGAGGAGCCAUGGUGGAAGUUAUCCAGAAAAACCUAGAGGGCUGGUGGAAGAUCAGGUUUCAAGGUAAAGAGGGCUGGGCUCCUGCCUCCUACCUGAAAAAAGGCAGUGGAGAGCUAUUCGCUCAGAAGCUAAGCUCUGGGUCACCAGCGCAUACAUGCACUGUCGAUGUGGAUGGCAUUUCCCGGCAGCAAAACUCAGCAGGCAGAGAGAAGGAUGUACUCAACAACCAGAGAGAUGGGAGGUUUGAUAACCGCACAGGCCUAGAUGGUGACAUCAAGCAAAGAUCUCCAAAGAUGAGGCAGAGACCCCCUCCUCGACGAGACAUGACCAUACCUCGAGGUUUGAACCUGCCAAAACCCCCUAUCCCACCCCAAGUGGAAGAGGAGUAUUACACCAUUGCUGAGUUUCAGACAACUAUUCCCGAUGGAAUCAGUUUCCAGGCAGGACUGAAAGUUGAGGUGAUUGAGAAAAACCUAAGUGGCUGGUGGUAUAUCCAAAUUGAUGAUAAGGAAGGCUGGGCCCCAGCAACAUUCAUUGACAAGUACAAGAAAACGAGCAAUGCCUCAAGACCCAACUUCUUAGCUCCACUGCCUAAUGAAAUGACACAGCUUCGCCUAGGGGAGGCUGUGGUGGAAAAUCACACUGGCCAUGAAGCAACUGGUCCCUCUCGACCUUUGCCUGAAGCACCACACAAUGGCAUAGAUUGUGGCAUACCUUGGUCCAAAGAAUGGAAGGGUAAGGAGGGACAUCGGAAUGUCUCUUUAGAUAUGGCUGCAUCAGCUGGGUAUGAGGAAAUCUCUGACCCAGACAUGGAGGAGAAGCCCAGCCUCCCACCACGGAAGGAGUCCAUCAUCAAAUCAGAAGGGGAACUGCAAGAGAGAGAGCGGCAAAGGAUGGAGCAGCUCAGAGGGUCCCCUAAGCCUCCUGGAAUGAUUUUGCCCAUGAUUCCACCAAAACACAUGCCCCCACCAAGGGACAACAAGAAAGCAGAGCUGAAAUCAGAUAAGGGCAAAUUAUUCCAGCAGAAAAAUGAGAUGGGGCUAGAGUGUGGGCACAAAGUGCUAGCCAAAGAAGUAAAGAAGCCAAACCUCCGUCCCAUCAUCAAACCCAAAGCUGAACAGCCUGAAGAUAAACCUGAGUCUUUUACCCAGAACCCCUUCUUGAAAUCUAAACCCCAGGUUAGACCAAAACCAGCUUCUUCCCACAGGACAGAGCCUCCUCAAGCUGAGGACAGAUUGGACAUCUGCAACCUCAGGAGCAAGCUCCGACCUGCUAAGUCUCAGGAGAAGUCAUCAGAAGAGGAGAAUCACCACCCAAGUGAAACCCACGAUGUCUCCAUCAGCAAGAGUUUGCUCUCAGGGGAGGCUUCCAGCAGGCCCCCGGAGCGAGCUGUGGUAGACACCAAGCUCACACCUAAACAGGACAGUCUCGUGGCAAAGGACACGUCCUCUAAAGUCCCCCUAAGGCCAGCAAAGACGACUGAUCCUAUGCCUAAGAGCAGCCCUACCCCUCCCAAAGAGUCACCACAGCAGAGACCAGUAGUACCUCCUCGGAGGCCACCACCUCCCAAGAAAACCACCUCCUCUUCCAGGCCCCUUCCUGAGACCAAAGUGCCACAUCGAGAGGUGAACGAAGUCAAGGCUGCUCCCGCUCUUGGCCGACCCAUGCUUGUCCCUCCAAAGGCCAAACCUUUCCUACCUGGUCCAGGCGUCCAAGAAGAGGUCAAAAUAAAAAGUGGGCUCGGGCCAAAAGCAGCAACCAAGCUAGGAGAAGCCAGGGAGAAGCCAGCUGCUGUACCUUUCCCUACUGCGGAAGUCCCCAAAGAUACAUUAUAUGUGGCUAUGGCCAACUUUGAAGGGGAUGAGGAGACCAGUGGCUUCCAGGAGGGGACUGUGUUUGAAGUACGUGAAAAGAAUAGCAGUGGCUGGUGGUUUUGUCAGGUCCUAAGUGGAGCGCCUUCUUGGGAAGGCUGGAUUCCUUCCAACUAUCUAAGAAAGAAGCCAUAGUUCCCACUGUUCUUAUAGGAUCCAUCCUGCCAAGAUCUCCACUGGUUUCACCUGGGUAUUUAAUUAGCUUCUUAACUUAUCAUUUUCUACAAGGCUUUAAAAGGAAAGGAUUCCAUAGUGCAUUGGGCUUUCUCUUGAUUCCUAAGCAGUAAUGAUCAUGGAAAGUGCAUCCCCCAGCCUCAAUGCAAUUUAAUUCAGUUCCUUGGCAGUCGUCCGUCUUGUGGGAGAUUCAAUCCAUCCUCAGUGGUAGUCUCCAGGCCAAAUGGCCAACUCUGAUCCUAUUCCUCAGUAUUUUCAUCGGUAAUAUGAGGGGGUUGGAUGAGACCCAGGUCCCUUGUAAAUGUUUUCAAUUACCCAUUGAAAUUACUGCUUGAAGUGGGGGGAAUGGGUUCCUGUUAGACCACGAGCAGCUAUUCAUCCAAUUGCUCUCACAUAGCAUCCAAGAACCAGGAGCUACCCUUUCCACAGAUUAUGCUGGUAUCCAGAAUGUAACUAGCAAAGGCACUGAGAUACCAGUUCCCACAGCAGACCUCUGAGCACCAAAAAAUUAAUCAGCCUUGAUCAGAUAUGAAGCCAGGCCCAGUGUCCCAGGAUAGGCCUUGCUAUAUGAUUCCCCUUUUGCAUGACCCAAGUUCACCUCCAUUUAACCUUUCCUAAAAGCAACUCAUUCCCAUUUUUGUCGUUUGCAGGAAUACCUGCUGCCACAAAGGGCCUGUGUGCUUUUUCUAAUCUUAACAGGUGUUUUCUUCAUUAAGGUUAUGGUCAUAUUUGACUUGGUGAGGAACAAUCGUUACAUGCCAUGAAAGUAGAAGAGGACAAGGACAGAAGUCCGCUAAACCUGCCUUUUUUUUCCCUUUUUUUUUUUGUUUUGUUUUGUUUUUUGAUUUUGCACUCUUGAGAAAGCUUUAUGUCCUAGAAGGGUGAUUCCUACCCUAAGGCAGCACAGCAUUCAGUACGUGCUUUGUUCAUCACUUUAUCCCAGGGUUACCUAGAGCCAUCUUUUUCUUUCAGUAUGGUGCUGUUCAGAUAUGGGAACCUGUCCUUCAUGGGCAGCCCAACUCUAGUUGGUGAAUAGAGAAAGGAAGGCCCAGAAUAGGAAUUGACAGCUAGCUGAUACAAGCUAAGACAGUGGAGCCAUUUGGCUCCCCAAAGCUGUGAGAAAGGGGUUCUAAAUGUUCCUGCUUCUACACUGAUUACAAAGCCUUCCUCUCCCCCCAACCCCAUCACUUUCUCCACUUACCACUCCUUUUUCCUGAAUGUUUCUCUCAGUAUCUCAUCCUGGUUAUUCUUUAGGAUUCCAGGAAGAAUAGUUGUGUGUUAGGUCCACAGCAACUCAUUUUUUAGAUGGAAGAAAUGACCAUAGCUAAGUGGUGUAGCUGCUAGAAUCCCAUGACGUUGGCAAGGUAAAAGGCAGGGAUUCAGUAACUACUGCAGCAGUUGGUGGGAGUGGGGGUGGGGAGAAAAGAUAAGGGAAAAGACAAAAGACCUUCGAAUGACUAGCCUCACCCGCUCAAGGCCCUAUCAUUAAUCAAUAAAAUCUUAUGAAGUGCCUACUUUGUACCAUGCAUUAUGUUUGGGGCUGGGAAGACAAAGGCAAAAUAGAACAGUCCCUGCCCUUAAAGAGCUAACAUACUGUUGGGAAGUCAAAGAAAAGUAUAUACUAAAUAAAAGAUAAUUGGAGGGGUGUGGUGGUACUACUAGUGGCUGGGGAUAUUAGGAAAGACUUCCUGUAAGAGGUGACAGUGAGCUGAACUUUGAAGGAAAAGAGAAGGGAUACUAAGAGGUGGAGGUGGGUGAGAGUUGCCAUUUAUUCAGCACUAACUGGACUAAUUCCCACUAAUGCUCUGCUUCUCUCAAUACCCCACAUCUGUAAAACAUCUGAGUUUCCCAGUGUUUUUGCAUUUGUUAUCUCACUUGGCCCUCACAGUCUUGUGAGUUAAGUUGGGCAACACUUAUUUACCCCAUUUGACAGAUGAAUCACGGAGUCACAUUUUCUUAAUGUUACCCAGCCAAUUUGUGAGAUAACCAAGAUGAGCAUCCAGCCAUCCUAACUGGUAGUCCAGAGACCAGACUGUAAGCCUAAGGAAACCAGGACUAGGCAGCAUGAUUUCUUGGGAAGAGUGGUAGGUUUGGAAUCAGACAACCUGGGUUUAAAUUUCAGCUCCACCCAUUAAUACCUUCAUGACCUUGGGCAAGUCAUUUAGCAUCUAUAAGCCUCAGUUUCCUCCAUUGUAAAAAUGAAGGGGUUGGACCAGAUGAUCUUUAAGAUACCUUCCAACUCUAAAUUUGUGAUCCCAUGAUCUCCUGUGGAAGGAACAAAGGGGGCAAGGGUUUCAGGUGAUAGGUGGUACAUUUGAAAGGAGGAAUAUACUUUUCUUCCUAUGGCUUGUUUCUAGGAAUAAGUCAGCUCUAGAUUACCCCUUUCACUGUAUUAAUGUCCAUUUUCUUGGGAAGACAACUCCCCAUACACAUUCUAGAUUAGAAGGCUGUAGGUACAAAAGUCCAUUAUCUCAUCCUUAAUACUUCUGGAUGUGUUGCUUUAUUAAAGAAGUGGCCAUUGAGGCCUUUGGAUAGGAAAAAAGACUUUAAUCCACAUUUUCCCUGGAUUCCACAGUGCAUGUUAAUGUCAUGUCCUUCAUUCAUCCCUUCCUCUAAGGAAUGUGUAGCCCUGGGGAACCUAACACCUGGUGCCCUGGGACUAAUAGACUUGAGUGUUUUUCUUGUUCCUGACUGACCCCCUCUUGCAUUGUCCUCAGAAACCUCUUGAGAAGAUAAGCAGUAAGGAAGAUGAGCCGAGGAUAAAGAAUCCUAGGGACUCUGAGAGUAACCUUUGCAAGUCUGAGCACUCAUAUCCCCUCUGUCAUUCCUAGACCCUAGUUAUCAGAGAAAGGAGCUACCUUAAGUUUGAUCAGUGUUGAACUAAUUUUUGAUAAAUGUUCCUUUUGCUAGCUUUCCUGAUGCUUUCCUGAAUUUGGCUUCAUUUUGGAAAGGAAAACCACAUAUUUUAUUACAGUCUUGCUUCCUAGUUUCAUUCAUCCAUUCACCUAAUAUUUACUGAGUGCUUAUUAUAUGCAAGGCACCAUGCUAAGCACUAUGGCAGAGGCAUAUGUGAAGAUAACCCAGAUCCUUGGACUUAAGGAUCUUUGAGGUUUCUAUCAGCCUAAGGUGAUUUGACUUCCUGUCAGAGUCGUUCUGCAGCUGAUGUCUAUCCAAAGGCAAUUGGACCACCUCCCUCUUCAUCUGUGUUCUAGAGAUUUUAUUGCAAAUUGAAGUCAUUGAAUUGUGUGUUGAUCCUCUAAUUGGGGUCGGCUACAUCAGAAGCCACAUUUCCUUACUUUCUGCAGCAGCUUUUCAGUUUGAAUCUAUGGCCCAGGUCAUUUUUUUUUCUUUUGUUUCACUGAUGGAUACUUCCCCAACCAGAUGGAGAUGGUGUUAGUCAGUGUGGUCUGAUCUUAUGACUCGGGUCUUUUCCAUCCUUGCUUGGUGACGUAUUUACAUAAUCCACUGGGAUUAUUGCAAUAAUUUCAAGGAUCUGUGAUUUAGGUUGGCAUGGAUACCCUUCCAUUAACACUGAUUGUGACACCUCUCUGCCUUAGAAGAUGUUCUUCAUGAGUUGCCGUGAAAAAUCCACCAUGCUUCUGUCUCCUGGGUGAUGAGCCUCUUGUAACAUGGCAAAGCCAGUCUUUGGAUCAAAGACAUUCAUUUGGUCAGCAAGCCUCUUUGUGACUAACACUGCAGAAAAUGGUCAGCAGUUGACUCAAAAAUGCAGUCUUCAGUCUGUUGUGAAAGUAGAUUCUGAAGGGCUAUCAGCAAUGUUUUUAUGAAAUUUUUUUUAAAUCAAAUGAACAUUCAUUUUAUCAUAGAGACUAUAUGUUCCCCACACCACCCCAAACAGGUCAAAGACAGGUUAACUUCUGGCAUAACCUGAUAUCCUGCUGUGGACCAAAAUUCCAUGCUAAAUGCCAACUCAAGAGGCACAGAAAUGUGAUUGGAUUUCCAUAUCCCAGUUUACCACACUAUGUCAAAUACUUAAUCUCAAAUCUACUAUACUAAAACUGCUUGGGGUGAAUCUGCAUCAUAAAACAACCAGUUUCUCUUUUAGCCUCAAUCCUAAUACCUCUUUGAUAUGAAUAUUUUCUGCAUUAAGUUGUAUUCCCAAGCAAUGUUGUACAGGGGAAAGUGCACUGGACUUGGAAUCCAAUACCUGAAUUCAAAUUACAGCCUUGUCACUUACUACCUGUGUGACCUUGUGCAGCUCACUUAACUUCUCUUGGCCUCAGUUUCCUCUUGUGUAAAAAGAGGACAUUGGAACAGAUGACCCCCCCCCAAGGUUCCUUUUAGCUCCAAAUCUGUGGAUUCUGUGAUCCUGUACCACCUGCUUUAAAGAAAGUCAGACCUCUAUCCUUGAAUAAGGUAUUUCUUUUAGUGUUAGGGCACUGGGGAAUAUUAGAAGUCCAUUGGGCUCCACGUCCGGCAGUAAGAAAUACUCAAUUGGAUCAGCCCCAGUAGAGACUCUGCCUGUUUGCCUCAUGUAAUUUUCAAAGUGGAGCUCUUAGAUUUAAAAUAUUCCUGAGUAUAUAGGGCACAAACAGCCCACUUAAGAUUCUCUUGCCAAGUGAAACUCUGAAGAGCAAACUCUCCACCAGAAAAUCAAUGAAAGAUGGAAAACCAAUUGCCAUCAAGUUUAGUUUAAAAAGGUCAUGCCACAGAUCACAUAGGCAUGAUAGUGGCAGUCGUGGUUCUUAGCCAGUCUACCACUGUGUGGUAGCCAGUGAGUAUUUUGUUCCUCCUGUUCACCACAGAAGUAGAAGGCACAGUUCCUGCCUUCCAGGAGCUUACAUCAAGAUGUGGUCAGGACCACAUAGAAAAUAUGAAAUUCAUGGCAUGGCUGCUAUUCCCUCAAUCUAAUUUUGCUUUGUUUUUCUUUCCUUACUACUGCUGCUGUGACUGAUAUUGAGCCCCACUGAAUCACAAUAGGAUCUUUCUUUGUUCUUUUGACUGUUAAGUUGGGUACCAAACAAGAGUUUUAACCUGCAGCCUUUCCCCUGGAUUCCUUAGAUCUAGUUUCCCAGGCCCACCUCUUCCAGACUUACAUAUGCUGCGACCAGUCAAUAAUGCCAGAGACCAAAGAUUGCCUGUUGCCAGACCCCAAAGUCUGAUUUGGUAGGAAAAGGAUGAGUCAUAGAAAUUGCAAUGGCCACAUUGGCAUCAUUGAUAUAGUGUUGGUACCAUGACAGCUGCUCCAUCCUUUGACUUGGUAGAGCUAUUCUUAUACCUUCCCCCUACUCCCACCCGUAAUCCUCCACCUCUGGCAACCAGUAUCAGGAGUACUGGUGUCUAGGGACACCCCCAGCAAUACCUGCUACUCCAAGACAGUCCUGUUGAAUCUGUGUCCCAGACUAGGUGGAUCUAUGAUCCAUACCUAAACCAGGAGCCAUCAACUGCUAAUUUGUGCCAUCAGUAUUUUUCAAAUCUAACUAACUGCAUAAGAUUUCACUUUUUCAGUGGGGAAAGUUAAUUUUAAAUAGUUCUCUGCUGACUUCCUUUGCUCCAAGGCCCCUCGUGUGGCCCUGUGUCUUGUUAAAACAUUCCAUGUGCCAUCCUGUUUCUGACCCUUCAAUUCCCAAUCAAGCAUCCUUAACUCCAAACAGGGACAAGACACUAGAUAGAACCUCUGUUAUCCUAAGGAAGGUUUUUCAAAGGCCUUUCCUUAGUGACAUAAAAGAGCAAUAGUUGUUACUUUCUUGGAGGAAAAAAAGGGGACACAAUUUAUUAUGUUGAUUACCAGCAAUAAGGACAGCCCCCCCUCCUAUAACCUAGAUCAGGAACAUUAGUAUAUCCAAUCUCAUUUCUCUUAGCCCUUAGGGAAUGAGUCCUGCAUGGACUGAAUCCAAACACUUUGUGUGUUUCAUAGAAUAAAGCUGAAGAAUCUUGGCUAUUUCAGUACUUCUCUUAAUCUAAGACAAACGAAUUCUCUGAUGGUUAUUUUUGUUUGUUUCCUUAUAACACAUAAACUUAUAUAAGUAUAUAUGUGAGGGGGAAAGGGGAUCAGAACAUUAACUGUAGCAUGUGUAGGCUGUAUACUUCACCGUUAGACUUUUUUUUUUCUUUUUUUUUUUUUUUAAAUAAAGCAAAAUGCUUGACUGGUUUCAAGCUUCAUUGUGAA